AUGUCUCAACACUCAGGAGAAAGCGACCUGUUUGACUGGGAUGAUAAGUCAGAAGUCCCCCUUGAAUGGGGUGACCUGACUGAAAUCCCCCUUGAUCCUGAAAUUGACACCCAUUCCUGGGGUUUUCGGCAAAAUAAUUCAGUUGACACUGAUGCCGACUCCUUCGACGGUGAUGAUCAGCCGAAAUCCCACAGAAGUGGAUCGGAUCACUGUGUGCAGGAGGACAAACUUCAUGUAGAUGAUGUGUGCAGCAAACUCCGAGUGGCGGAGAGAAAACUCCAAGAGCUGCAAUCCAAGCUCCAAGACAUGGAGGAAAAUCAGGAAAACUUGCAAGGAAAGUUGAAUGAAGCUAUGGAAAGUAAUAGAGACAUGGUGAAAGAGAAGGAGGAGCAGGAUGCAGUACGUGCAGAGCUGCAAUCCAAGCUCAAAGACAUGGAGGAAAAUCAGGAAAACUUGCAAGGAAAGUUGAAUGAAGCUAUGGAAAGUAAUAGAGACAUGGUGAAAGAGAAGGAGGAGCAGGAUGCAGUACGUGCAGAGCUGCAAUCCAAGCUCCAAGACAUGAAGAGAGAAAAUGAUGGCUUGCGAGAAAAGCUUAAUGAAGAGAAGAAAGAACUGAAGAUGAAGCACACAGAGGUCAAAUCCAAACUGGAAGACACUGAAAAGAAGCACAGGGUGAUGCAGGCCAAAUUUGAGGACAUGCAGAAACAAAACAAAAAAUUGCAAGGAUUGCUUCACAAAGCCCAGCAAAGCAAUGCAGAUGUCCUCAAAGAAAAGGAAGCAAAGCCCAGGGAAAUGCUCCAGAAGAUGGAAGAAAGGAACAAAAAGAUCCAGUGCAAACUCCAUGAAAUGGAGGGAAAAAACAUAGAGUUGCUAAAGGAGAACGACCAACUGGGCAAAUCGCAGAGAAAGCUGCAAGAAGUUCUCCAAGAAUCUAAAAAGAGGAACGGAGAACUAGAGGAGAAAUGCAAAACACUGGAGCAACACAAGGAUGAUCUGGAGAAAAUGUGUGCAGAGCUGCAGAGCAGGAUGGAAGCUGUGGUGAGCAAAAAUACUGAAAUGGAAGAGCUGUACAAACAUGCUCAAUACACAAUAAUGGAACUGCACGAGGAGAAGCAAGAACAACAGAAACUGCACAGAGACAUCCAGUGCAGGCUUCAACAAGUGCAGAGUCAAUGUGAGGACCUGCAGGAAGCACAAGAAGUACAGCAGCAGAAAUAUAAGCAUCUAGAAGAAAGGCAUGCAGAAAAGCAUGACCAAGUUAAAGAACUCGAGAUAAAGUGUGCAACACUUGAAGCUGAGAAUGCAGAAAUUCUCGGUGAUCUGCACACCAUCAUCCUGCAGCACAAAGAGCUGCACGAGCGCUGCCUCAAAAAGAAAAAGCGCUUCAAGAACCUCUGCUGCUUCUCCAGUUGAAACACAGCUCGCCUCGUCUGCCACCACCUUCCAUCAUCUCCUGCACCUUGACCUUUCCUCUGUGCCUUUCUU